AUGGCAAAAUACUCGGAAGAAGAGAUGCAAGAAAUUCUGCAGAGGGCCAAAGAAUCCUGGUCUACAGCAUCUCAGUCCAAGAACACCGCCUCACCCAACUCCAGGUGCUUCGAGUACAAGCUCGACUCCUUCAAAAUCCCAGAAUUCCAGUUCGAUGCAGAACUUGAUCUGACGUUCAAAAACUGGUUUGAGCGCUAUCAAACGAUCAUCGAAGCCGAAAACAGUCCAUUCGGCGACAACGAGGACCGAGCACGGUUCAUCGUCUCCAAACUGGGAAAGGUAGAGUACCGCAAAUUCGCCAAAGGGAUCAUUCCAAAGAAGGUCAGUGAAUUAUCCUACGACUCCCUAAUCGACGAGCUGACAACCUUCUUCGAUCAACCUACGUCUCUAUUCCGAAGAAGACUCAAGUUGUUCGACCCGAAGCAAGAGUUCACGGACCUCGAUGACAUGGCAGGCCAGAUCAAGGCACAAACAGAUGUCAGCGAUAUGGAAACCUGCUCAGUCGAUGAAAUCGAGUGUUUCAUUGCCAUCCAAAGGCUGCACCGACCAGAGCACUCGCUCCAACGUCUUCGAGCCUUAAACACCCUGGAGACGCGCCCUGGUACAACCUUCGACGAGCUCAUCAACGACCUGAAGAUGUUCGAAAACAUCAGGCGAGACGCAGCAUACGUCGGAACAAGCCAGAAGAGGGCAGUUUACAAGGUGCAAAGAAUACCGCAACCGACAAACGCUAAUAACUCCAAAUACGUUUGCUACCGGUGCGGCGGCAAUAACCACGAAUGCGACAAAUGCAGAUUCAAGAAUGAAAUCUGCAGCAAAUGCAAGAAGAAAGGCCACAUAGCAAAAGUGUGCAGAGGAGGAAAGCCGUACAGCAACAGACCAAGAGUCAACCACGUACGCGCAAAGGCGAAUGUUAACCUGAUUUACACCACGGUGAAAAUCAACGGAGUCCCAGUGAUAAUGGCUGUGGACACAGGAGCGGAGGUAUCCCUAAUAGACCGACGCACCUACGAACAGCUGGGGAAUCCAACCCUCGAAAAGACCACUCAGAACCUGACAGUGGCAAACGGUUCGAAGCUCAAAUCCGACGGAAUUCUUCAAUGCCAAAUCGAGCUGGAAGGCACUUCAUUCACCGGCAAGUGUUUCGUGACGGACAAAUGUUCACUCCUCGGACUAGACUGGCUGAGAAAGGAUCCGCACGGAAAAAUUUUGAACCCGAAAUUCCUCUCCAACACGAUCACCCAAGUUACGGAAAGCCCCCGAUCAACACCAACGAAGUCGCGCUUAUGA